AAGCAUUUAGCCGACUCAGAUGACUAAAAGCGAAAGUAGAGUUACACUUUUCAUUUCAAUCCGAAGCAACAGCAUUUUGUUACUAUAGAAUUCAAAGGAAACGAUGGCGGUAGUGUUUGAUAUGAAAAGAUGCCCUGAAGCCUGUAACUUGCAGGUCGGGGACUCUGUCGACUGUACACCGAAUAAAGAUGGAGGGGUGAUAAAAAAGUUGAUGAAAGCUGGGGUAGGGGACGAAUUUCCGAAUUAUGGUGACAAAGUUUUCUUCAAUUAUACUGCAUACAAAGGGGAUGAAAUGACAGAAGAAAACAUUUUUGACUCAUCAGAGAAAGACGGAGAACAGUUUGAAUAUGACUGCCUAAGAGGCAAGGUUAUCAGAGGUUUUGAAUUGGCAGUGCUAUCUAUGAGACCAGGAGAAAGAUCAUUGAUCUACCUUACACCAGAGUGGGGAUUUGGUAAAAGUGGUGCUCCCCCAAGAGUCCCUCCAGACACCAAUGUUAUCUUUGAUACAGAAAUCGUCAGUGUGGAGUGUUCAGACAUAUCACCAGACCAAGAUCAAACUCUGAUGAGAAAAGUGUUAGUCAGAGGGAAAGGUCACCACCAUGCGAACUUUGGGUGCCCAGUUGAGUUACAUAUCAGGGGAGAGUGUGAUGGGCAAGUGUUUAUUGACAAAGAUGUCAACUUUUUUAUGGGUGAGGGAUCCUCUGAUGAGCAUGGCAUUCCACCAUUUAUUGAGCCGUAUCUGGACCACUGGAAGAAUGGAGAGGAAGCUCGUAUUAACUAUGCAGCAAAACAUGCUUAUGGAGCUGCAGGCUGCCCUAAGUAUGGCAUUGAGCCCAACAAAGAUCUCGUCUUCUGGAUCAACAUGAAAAAAUUUGAAAGGGUCCAAGAAUACUGGGAUCUUGACUACAAACAAAAGAUGGACCGUAGUGACGAGUACAAGAUAAAGGGGAACAAAUACUUCAAGAAUGGGGAGUACGAUUUAGCGUCAAAGUUCUACGAGGAGAUGAUCGACUUUGUACAGCAUGACCUGUGUAUGGAGGGAGCGGAGGAGAAGAGAAGGCGCAAUUUACUUCUUGUUGGAAAUCUGAACUUGGCGCAAGCAUACCUCAAGGUUGAUAAAAACACAAAGGCUCGUGAUUGCUGUGAUACAGCUCUCACAUUUGACGAAAAAAACGUAAAGGCCUUCUUCAGAAGGGGCAUGGCAUACCUUGGAAUGAUGGAGUAUGAAAAAGCGAAGAAAGACUUCCAAAAAGUGCUGGAGUUGGAACCAUAUAACAUGCAUGCAAAAAAACAUAUUGACAUAUGCACAAACAAAAUGGUCGAAACAACUCAGAGUGAGAGGGAUCUCGAUCGCAGGAUGAUGUCUGGUAUAGGGAAACAUUCUGAUGAUGGUAGUAGCCUGUACAGUAGUGGAAUGGACGACAUUGACAACUGGGACAACAACAUGGCACAGGGCAUGAUGCCUCUAGAGGAGGAACAGGCCGCGUUUGGCGACAUCAGCCCCAGUGACGGGGGCAACAACCAUGGGCUUAGAGACUAGCAUCACCAUGGCUUUUGGAGUUUGAUUAGAUCCAGAUAUGUUGUGGGGUUGAGGGGGAGGGGAGAAAACCAUCAGGUACAAGAACAGAGUGCCGGGGUAGGGGAUGGUUUUUGGGUCUAGAAAUGGUUGUGUUUAUAGGCAAGUUACAAUGACUAUCCUCUAUUAUAUCAGCUUGGAGUUUCCAGUCUGUGUCUCCACUGCCUGUCUCCACUGUAUAGAUGUUGCACUGUGUACUAAGGAACUACUCAUUAUUUAAUGUCUACAUGACUGUAUAGCAAUGGCAUCGAGAUACAUGAAUGUAUGUGCAUUAUACUAUCAUAAAUAUGUGUUAAACAGUACAAAAAAACUAUGAAACAUUUUCACAUUCUUAUUGUAGUUGACAUGUACCGUAAUCAGAUUUGCAAAGUAAUUUUUAGCUCGUCUAUUUGAAGAAUAGGUGGGCUAUACUACUCGCCCAGGCGUCGGCGUCCGGUUAAAGUUUUAGGGCAAGUUGGGAUUUUCACUUACAAGUCCAAUACCCUUCAUUCAAUUGAGUUAAUACUUCACACAGUUGUUCAGGGCCAUCACAUGAUGAGGUUAGAUAACUCCAUAUUAUUAUAUACACAGAUUAUGGCCCAUGAUUGACUAUGAAACUUACUGUAGGUUAAAGUUUUAGGGCAGGUUGGGAUAUUUAUAUACUUCUAUACCCUUCAUUCAAUUGACUUAAUACUACACACAUUUGUUAAGGACCAUCCCACAAUGAGGUUACAUAACUCCAUAUUAUCCUUAAUACAAGUUAUGGCCCCUGAUUGACUUAGGUUAAAGUUUUAAGGCAGGUUAAAGUUUUAGGGCAAGUUGGGAUUUUCACUUAAAACUCCAAUACCAUUCAUUCAAUUGACUUAAUACUUCACACAGUUGUUCAGAGCCAUCACAUAAUGAGGUUAGAUAACUCCAUAUUAUCUUUUAUACAAAUUAUGGCCCCUGAUUGACUAUGGAACUUAGGUUAUCGUUUCAGGGCAGGUUGGGAUAUUUAUUAAUAACUUCUAUACCCUUCAUUCAAUUGACUUAAUACUUCACACAAUUGUUCAGGACCAUCACCCAAUGAGGUUACAUAACUCCAUAUCCUUAAAACAAGCUAUGGCCCCUGACUGACUUAGGUUAAAGUUUUAGGCAAGUAAAAGUUGAGGUCAAGUUAAGAUUUUAAUAAAAAAACUUCUAUACCUUUCAUUCAAUGCACUUAAUAAAAUUCACAAGCAUUUACGACCAGCUUACAACAAGAAACAUAGCUCCAUUUUAACCCUAAAUACAAAUUAUGUCCUUUGAAUAUUUUUUUUUUUAAUUUCUUUUGACAGGCACAUUUUUACAUUCUUAACCAGUUUUUUACCAAGGGAAAACAAGGAGGCCUAUACUAUAUGGCCCUUGAAUUUUUUUUAUUAUUUUUUUUUAAAUUUCUUUUGAAAGGCAUAUUUGUAUAUUCUUAUCCACAUUUUCAUAAUGGGAAAUCAAGUUAUUUGAAUGACCUGCGUCAUUUUUCGGGUGGUGGGAGGGCAGCAUCAAAGUCACAUAAUGUAUUGAAUAAUUUUAGUUAGGUUUGACAUAAAUAGACCAAACUUAGUAAUAUUACAUUGUUAUUGUAUUCACUUCUAAGUCAAAGCGGCGAAGACCAGCACGCUGUCUUACGACAGCUCUUGUUUUAUAAAUUGAUAACAUCGUUUUACUACAAUGUAUUUAUAUCUUUAUUUAUAUUGAAGCAACUUGGCGAUUAUCUGGAAUAGUUGCUUGCAAUUUGUUGUUUUUUUUCUUCUUUUUUAUUUCUGUUUUAUCCAGAUGUACGGUAAUGGUAAAUUGUAAUACAUUUGCAAUGAAUGUAAAUAGAUUGGUGGCCACAUCGCAUCUGCAACAUUAACAUGCAAAAUCUUUCAUCUUAGCCCAAACUCCAAAAACGCUAAAUGUAUUUAAAUGAAACUUGGUAUACAUAUUGCUAGAGACAGUUUGCAGGUAUAUAGCAAGGCCAAUUAAUCUGACUUUUAUAAUUGUACAGAAAUGCCCCUUUUUUGACAAAAAAAUCAUGCUAGAACUUUUAACCUUUACUAUUACUCAAACACAGUGAAUGAUAUUCUAAUAAAACUUGGCACAAUUGUUGCCAGGGCAAUACAUACAUGUUUAGCAAAGCCCAUAUGACUUUAGUACUUGUUAGAUAUGGCCCUUUUCAACCAAAACAACAACAUGCAAAAACUUGAACCUAAAAUGUUCAAAUGAAACUUGGUACACAUGUUGUCAGAAUCCAUAAAAUUGUUCAUGUGUAUAGCUAGGUAUAUAACUUGUGACUCUUAUAAUUGUCAGCCCUGUUUCCAAAAAAAUGAAGCCCAGCGCUGGAGUUUGCUUCACGGCUAAUCUGAUUUCAGCAAGUUAGAUUUGUGCCAUAAACAUGAAUUUACAUUGUGUUGCACAAUCAUUUUUAAUACCAAUUCAUUUGUAGAAAAGGAACCAUUUUUUUAAUUGGAUGUGUGCACAAACACAUAUUGUUAUUUUCUGUAAAAUCAUUGUAAGCAAUAUUCAGUUCAUGUACAUUUCUGUGACACUUGCCUACUUUUAUAUAAACGUAUCAUAGUAUUUUGCAUUCAAUGCAAAUAUCUGUUUUAUAAUUCCAUAUUUUUUUAUAAAUGUAUAUAAAAUGUACAUGUAUGUCAAAGAGUUAACUCUGAAUGUUUUACAAUUAUCAUUUUCUUUUCUAAUUUGCUUAUUUUGUUUUGAAUUUUGUUUGAUGAUUUUUGGUUGUUUUCAGGGAAAAUUUGACCAAAUGAUCAACACUGAAAUGUUGACUAAAAUAUGUGUGUUUUAUUUUAUAUCAUACAAAGCUGCACAACAUAUUGCAACUGGGAGGCUAUUCCGAAAACAAGUAUUCUACCCCACCUGAUAACCAGCUAUUUUAAAUAAAAGCAUAUUACCCAUCUGUUGACCCUACUAUUUUGGUGUGAAUGAAAAUGAUUUUUUUUUUACAAGCAUUCAAGCCAUUUACCAAUGAAUUUUUUAACGAGGAUUACAUUUUUUUUCUCUAUUAUUUUUUAAAAAAUUGGUUUUGUAAAAUGUGAAUAUUUUAUAUGUUGUAAAAAAUUUGUGUCAAUUGUAAGAUGAUUGUAGGGUUUAUUUUUCAGACAGAUCAGACGUAAAGUUCAGCCACUAAUACAAAACCCAGGUUUUGGAAAAGAGGCGUUUACACAUGUUUUGAUAGACUCCAAAAUUUGUAUAUUUCACAUCAUUUCCUUAAUAUAAAUAAGAAAUAAACAAGGUUAUAUGCGUUUUCAUUGGCCUGGAAUAUUAUGGUUAUACUGAAUAGUGAUGAGCUAUGGGGCUAUUACUGAUGGCUGAUCAGACAUCUGGAGAGAUAAUUGUAGUCAAAUUUGAUUUUCCAGAAUUUGAUCUUCCUGUAUUAGUCAUUUAGUGAAUUAUAUAAUCAAGAAGGUUUGAUCUUCCUGUAUUAGUCAUUUAAUGAAUAAAAUAAUCAAGAAGGUUUGAUCUUCCUGUAUUAGUCAUUUAGUGAAUUAUAUAAUCAAGAAGGUUUUCAGGCUCCAGGCCAUACAAAUUUAAAGUGAAAGAUUUUCUGACGGUUGCAUGAAAGUGAUUAAACAGUUCCCUUCGAGCAGGCAAAUUUUGAAGAAAUUUGAUUGAAAUUGAUGACUAUUUAUGUUGUUGUUUUUUAACUAACCAUUUGAAUUGUAAAAUUUAACUACCUGUUGAAAGUGUAAUUAAUUAAAAGGACAUCAAAUUUAUUUGUGAAUAUUUUUAUAAUCACACAGCAAUUUUAACUUUUUCUGAAGCUUUAAAGCCAUUAUUAACUAAAUGCUUUUUAUAGAUCAAUAGAGAACUUCUUUUUAAAGUAAUAAACCCUUAUGCUGCGCACAACAACAAAUGUAUUUAUUCUAUAAAAUUCAAAGUUUUCAAGAAAAUAUCAAUCAUGGGUUUCCAGGUCCAGACUGAAAAAUUCUACCCUUGAGCGUGCUGUGUUGCAGGUAGCCUUUGAACAGGCAUACAAAUGUCCCCUAGGUCGGAUUUAUCCAUCCAGACCAGAAACGCAUGAUCAAAAUUACUACAAGUUUUUUUUUUAAUUCUAAAUCUUCCUUCCGUCCUAAAUAUUUUACUUGAUGUAAGGACUUUCAGUCCUUGGAAUAGAUUUAUGAUGUUUUUGCAAUUUUACAUGUAUGUGUUGUAUUAAAUCGCAUGAAAAUAAUUGCUUUCUUAACAUUUCAUUGUGUGUUGUUGUUGUUAGAAAUCAUAAUGAACAAUUGGAAUUAAAUUAUUUAUGAUAUA